CCACAUGACCUCAAUGCGUAUGCAGGCCAAAAGCUCGACGAGCUCUACGACAACAAAAUGUUGGAAUUUUGAGCGUCUUUCUACACUCUUGAGACAGCACCGUCUUGUUGCAUUGAUUAGUGCAUGCCUCAACCUCCGGCCGGUGGUCAACAUCCGGGAGGCGGUGGAGGAGGUGAUGGAGGAAACGGCUCAGGAUCUAGUGGAGGAGGUGACGGAGGAGACGGCUUAGGAUCUGGUGCUGACAAAGCAGAGGGGAAGGGGUCAGGCGGAGAGGGUUCUGGAGAAAAGCGAUCUGUCGAAAAGUGGUUAGGCGAAACGUCGUCAAAAUCAAAAGGCUCUGGCGGAAAAAUGUCCGGCGGAAAGGGGUCGGGUGGAAAGCGUACAGUGUUCGGGAGUCACGAGUCUACGGGAACUGAAAGCCACUGCGAAGGGACAGCUCCGGGGGAAGAGGAGCUCUCACAGGAAGCGCAUGCUGUGCAGCAGGAUGAGGAGCUUCUCCAGGGCUCAUCGGGAAAUACCAUCAACAUUAGGGACACCGAAGAGGUUCUGCACAGUGGGUCGCUACUGACGACGCAAGAGGGUGACGUGAAUGGAGGUCAGUGGACAUUUGUGGAAGGCGAAGACUGUGGGGAGGAAGUACGUGCGUGGACGUUUGUGGAAGCUCGGCUUCUUGGCGAAGAGGAAGGCGAAGAAGAACCCGUGGUGGAAGCUCGGCUUCAUGGCGAUGAGGAAGGCGAAGAACCCGUGGUGGAAGCUCGACUUUUUGGCGGUGAGGUGUCGGUCGGUGUCCAGAUGGAUCCAGAGCGGAAAGAUCAUGAUUCUCCGUCCACCCGUUGCGGUGAAGAACAAGGUGAUCGAGCGUCUGUCCUCAGUACCGGUCGGAAAAUAGUACUUCAUAAAACCAUCGAGUUGGUUAGCGACUCAGUUGCCAUCGAGCUGGUUAGUGACUCAGUCGUGGCCGAGGUGCAGAACAUCGAAUCCUCCGUGGACGUUGGCACAGUGGAGCGACAGGAGGCCGAUUUCCCUCGAAGGACUCCCGAGCACGGUGUGAGGUUGUCAAUGUCCUUGCCCAUGAAGCCUUCAAAAGCCAUGCGCGGAAAAUCUUUUUCAGGGAGGUCAUUGGCCGCUUUACCGAAGAAGUCCUCGUCAAGUGUAGGGUUGUUUAAAAGGGUCCAGAUGUCUCGCCUUUUCGAGAGAGUUGUCAGGGUUCUGAACGCUUGUGGAAUAGGUAAGGAGGAAGCUUUGCAGAAACAUGUGGCUGCGUCUAUUGAAAGCGUUACUGCUUUGUCUGACAGGUUUGACGACGAUGCCAAACGGUGUAUCGUCAAAGACCCGUAUCCUAAGUACACGAAGUCCCACCUUGUGUCUCGCCACCACAAACAUGCACUCAAACAACCUGGUCGGGUCUAGUGUCGACCCUACACGGCCCUGCCAGGUGGGAGCAGCUUCCCUUCACCACGCUGCCCCACUUAACCCUAACUUUCAUCCCUAUCCUUAAGUGGUUAGCCCUUACCACUAGGGUUAGGGUUAUGGCAACAAAGUCAACUCUCGCCAGCAAGUAGAAUCCGCUCCGAUACCAAUGUCAUUCAAACAUUUAGCACAAAAUAUGAGGCUUUACUCUCGAGGAGGACAUAAUGUGCUACAAUCAAAGGAUAUCGACAUG